UGCACAAUUUCCAUAAACAGCAAAAAAGAAGCAGAAACAGCAGACACUCAGCCAAUUUUUGAAUCUCAAGGAGCCAUGAUCCAAAGCGGGGUUUCCUCAUGGACAGAGAACUCUGUGCGCAAAUGUAUGCAGUGGGUGGACCCCUCCAGGGCCAGUAGAAGAGUAAUCCAAGAAUAUUUGCCUGUGCCUCCAGGGAACUGCUGGCCCCUGGCAGGUCAGAGUGUAAUCAUCUCAGUGUUCCACCCAGUCUCCAUCACUGCCCUGACACUGGGACAUCUCCGAAAACACCAGUCGCCCGAUGGAACCAAAAAAAGCGCCCCAAGAGUGUUUUCUGCCUAUGGAAUGUUGACCAUAGGGGCAGAAGGGACCUUUUUGGGAACUUUCCUAUAUGACAGCCAAGGAAGAGAAUUUCAGACCUUCAACCUACCAUAUACAAACAACAGCAUCUUCAGAUAUGUGAAGCUUAGGAUUGAGUGGAACUCUGGAGAUCAAGACUUCCCCUGCCUGUAUAAUUUUAGGGUCCAUGGCAAACUCUUUACCUAA